AUGGAGUCCGCUCCGGCAGCCCCCGAUCCAGCAGCCAGUGAGCCGGGCAGCAGCGUCUCCGAGGCGGCCGCCGGCGCCAGGGACACCCCGGCGAACCUGGAGCCUGCCCGGAAAAGCGAUGCGCCGGCUCCCGUCCGCAGGCAGAGCUACUCCAGCAGCAGCAGCAGCAGAGGUAUUUCUGUAACAAAGAAGACUCAUACAUCUCAAAUUGAAAUUAUUCCAUGCAAGAUCUGUGGAGACAAAUCAUCAGGAAUCCAUUAUGGUGUCAUUACAUGUGAAGGCUGCAAGGGCUUUUUCAGGAGGAGUCAGCAAAGCAAUGCUACAUACUCCUGUCCUCGUCAGAAGAACUGUUUGAUUGACCGAACUAGUAGAAACCGCUGCCAACACUGUCGAUUACAGAAAUGCCUUGCUGUGGGGAUGUCUCGAGAUGCUGUAAAGUUUGGUCGAAUGUCAAAAAAGCAGAGGGACAGCCUGUAUGCGGAGGUGCAGAAACAUCGAAUGCAGCAGCAGCAGCGAGAUCACCAGCAGCAACCAGGAGAGGCAGAACCACUAACACCAACAUACAAUAUCACCACCAAUGGGUUAACAGAGCUACAUGAUGACCUCAGUAAUUACAUUGAUGGGCAUACCCCUGAAGGUAGCAAAGCAGACUCUGCAGUUAGCAGCUUCUACUUAGACAUACAGCCUUCUCCAGAUCAGUCGGGUCUUGAUAUUAAUGGAAUCAAACCAGAACCAAUAUGUGACUACACACCAGCAUCGGGCUUCUUCCCUUAUUGUUCUUUUACAAAUGGGGAGACCUCUCCAACUGUGUCCAUGGCAGAAUUAGAACAUCUUGCACAGAAUAUUUCCAAGUCGCACAUGGAGACUUGCCAGUACUUGAGAGAGGAGCUACAGCAGAUAACAUGGCAGACUUUCCUGCAGGAAGAAAUUGAGAACUAUCAGAACAAGCAAAGGGAGGUAAUGUGGCAGUUAUGCGCAGUCAAAAUAACAGAAGCUAUACAGUAUGUAGUGGAAUUUGCCAAACGCAUUGAUGGCUUUAUGGAACUGUGUCAAAACGAUCAAAUUGUGCUUUUAAAAGCAGGGUCUUUAGAGGUUGUGUUCAUCAGAAUGUGCCGUGCCUUUGACUCCCAGAACAACACAGUCUACUUUGAUGGCAAGUAUGCUAGCCCAGAGGUUUUCAAGUCCUUAGGUUGUGAAGACUUCAUUAGUUUUGUGUUUGAAUUCGGAAAAAGUUUAUGUUCUAUGCACCUGACAGAAGAUGAGAUAGCUUUGUUUUCUGCAUUUGUUUUGAUGUCGGCAGAUCGCUCGUGGCUUCAGGAGAAAGUAAAAAUUGAGAAACUCCAACAGAAGAUCCAGCUAGCACUUCAGCAUGUCCUACAGAAGAACCACCGAGAAGAUGGAAUUCUAACAAAGUUAAUAUGCAAAGUGUCUACUUUAAGAGCACUGUGUGGACGACAUACAGAAAAGCUUAUGGCAUUUAAAGCAAUAUACCCAGACAUUGUACGACUUCAUUUUCCUCCACUUUACAAGGAGUUGUUCACUUCAGAAUUUGAGCCAGCGAUGCAAAUUGAUGGGUAA